ACCAGAUAUAUCAUCUCAUGGUUUCCUCGUUCCCUAAAGAGCGCUAAAUUACGCGAAGGAUGCGCAGUGCGCACCCUCUUCUAUUGUCUCUUUAGAGUUAGCAAGUUAAGCUAGUAGCUUCGUAUAAAUUAGACUCAUCAUUACUCCCAAUCCUUCGCUCUCGUGCUUUUUCGGGUCGGGUCAAUUCCUCGGCAAAGUUUGAUUCGAGUGAGAAUUUCGUUUCCCUGGAAACAAACACUCGCCAAUCUCCGAUGCGAAUCGUUUCCUCCUUCGGUUGAUGACGAUCGUCAGUAUAUGCCGCCCUGUGCAUUCCCCUUGGGAUCAACCAAUGGAUCGCUGCUUCCGAAUUUUUCCAUGCCUAGCCGAUCCUGCUCGAAGGUCUUCGUUGUGCUUGAAAUUGGCGUUGGUGACGAUUCACCUGGCUUAUGCUGGUGUUCUUUUCUUAUUCGAUGGAGAUCUGAUAGAAAAAACUAAGAAGGAACCGUGGUACACUGUUUUAUACUUGCUGCUGUUCGUUCUUACUUUAAUACAAUACUUUGCUACCUCUUUUUCUUCUCCAGGUUAUGUCGUUGAUGCCAUGAUGACUGUUAACGAGAGUAAUGUAGUAUACAGAAAGGCGCCAGAAACAUCAAAUCAACCAGCCUCAAGCAAAAAUGGGAGCUUUGUUGUUUCCAUGGAAGGAAAUCAGAUGGGAAGAAAUAGUUCAGGAAGUAAUGCAACGUCUUGGUCAAAGUUGGUGGCCGAAUUGUAUCCUUAUGGGACAACAAUCAGAACAUGGACAUGCACCUACUGCAAUGUGGAGCAGCCUCCACGAGCAAAGCAUUGUCAUGAUUGUGACAAGUGUGUUCUUCAAUUUGAUCAUCAUUGUGUUUGGCUUGGUAACUGCAUUGGGCAGGGUAACCAUUGUCGAUUUUGGUGGUAUCUUUGUGAAGAGACAGCAUUGUGCCUCUGGACUGGUGUCUUGUAUAUUUCAUACCUGAAGGCUCACAUUACAAGGGUUUGGUGGCAGGAUGCAAUCAUGAUACUACUCUUGAUCACUCUUGCAAUUGCUCUCAUCUUUCUGCUCCUCCUACUGCUAUUUCAUAGUUAUCUUAUUUUGACAAAUCAGACCACCUAUGAACUUGUAAGGAGAAGACGAAUUCCUUAUCUAAGGGCGAUUCCUGAAAGAGUGCAUCCAUUCAGUAAGGGAAUUUGUAGAAAUUUAUACAGCUUCUGCUGUGCUAGGUACAGCAUAUACGAUUUGGAAUCCCUACCUACCCCUCAAGAGAUAGAGGAAAAGUCAAAGCCGUACACAUGCUCGGAUGCUGUAACUUGUCGUUGUUGCUGAUGGUUUAAGUAUUGUUUAAGUAAAAGUCUUUCCUCCAACAACAGUUUAAUUGUGAAAAAACAGAAAUAUGUUGAGCACCCGUUUGCUUAGGUGGGUAGGUGUUACUUAGGGCUAUUUGCUAUAUGAUUUAUCUUCAGUAAUUCAUUCUUUGCCUAAUUUUUGGAGGUUGAUGUUCCACGUUUGAUGUACAGUUGCAAUGUUAGUAUGUUCUUUUGCUUUUUCUUGUUAAUCUGUAGACCUAGAUAUACAGCUAUUAUCACUGACUACUGUUAGGGGAACGAAAGAGACAAUACAGUAUUUUAGUUGCAUGCAUACAUGUUUUUUAACUUAUCUAGCCCCACCCCUGGUUGCAAGCAGUUGAAGUGGCAGAUUUGGCGUUCUUAUAUUAUUUUUGUAGGUAUUGAAGUACUCAUGAGAUUAACAUGGCAUGGCGAGUGACAAAAGAAAGACUUAACACGCUUGUGGGAAGCAUGUCAUGAAAUGUUUCUGUUGCUAUUUCUGCUUCCCUACAUUCAAAGUGAUGGCAAUCAAAUUGUAGAGCUUGCUACUGAAGCAAUAUUGGACAUUAGAAUUUGGUAUGGGUAUUUCCAAGAUUUCUUAAAACGAUACAGCUCAUCAUAUGAAAAUUUUUCAUUGAAAGAGAGGAGAAAAACAGUAGUGGAAAAAGUUACCUAUCUGGUCUUGCUGUGU